AUGAUCGCGGAUUCGUCAGCUUUGAAAAAGCGCACAUCAACUAAGAGAAGCACAAGAAUAAUAUCCCUGACACUCGUUUUACUUGGGAUAGUCAGCUUCUUAGUACUUACAUGGAAUGAUUCCUUGGAAUUCUAUAGCAAUGCUGCCGCCCUUAACGAAAACAGCAAAAAUAAUAAAGAAGAAAGCGAAAAGAAAUUUGUUUACAAGCUACCAAACUUAUUGAAAACAGCGGACAAUUUUCUAAGUAAGGAAAAUGAGCUGAAUUUUUUAAAAGUCAAAGAAGAAAUUUCACAUAUUCAAAGCGAGGUUGAAGUCGAUAUCCCAGCGCCUUCAUCUAAGGUUACGUCAACAUUUUCACCUACAUCGUUCCAUACUGGUGAUAUUUUGGCAAGGAUUACCACCACAACAAUAUCUCCGCAGUCAUCUUCUCUUAUCAUGCAGAAAAACUGCGAUCACAAGAGAUUCGAUCCUAAAACAAAUUUUCUAGAUAUAAUAAGAACCUCCCCAGCAGUAUUGCUCAUCAAAUCUUCACAAACGGACUCUAUUUUCUUGAAAAACCUACUACAAAGAGAAUUUGAGAUUUCACCCGAAUUGGCUAUUGUCGAUUUGGAAAAACACUCUCAUGGCUAUGAAUUAGAAAAGUAUAUCAAACAAAAUAAACUAAGCAUUGAUCCUAGUGCUCCCUUGGAAUCCAUCCAGUCGCCUUAUCUAUUUUUGAAUGGUAUUUCCGUGAUAAAUAAUGGAAUGGUGAGAGACAUAAUUGAACCUCAUUCGAAGGGUUUGCUACUAUCUAUUCUGAAGUCUGAGGCGCGCGGUAACUUGCUGGUAGAAAAAAAAGACAUCCCUUCUAAUUCAUGA